AUGCCCAUCCAGGUCUUCUGCUCUGUGUCAUUCUCCUCGGGAGAUGAGGCCCCCGGGGCCUUGGGGGAUGUGUGGGGGCCCCAGCAGCAACAACAGAGACAGAAGCAGCGGGACAACUCAGAAUCUGAAGAGGAGGAAGAAGAGAAGGAAAAGGAGGUGUCGAGGAAAGGGACCGAUGAGGGUGCUUUACCUGUGGACUUGGUAGCCUUUGCCAACAGCUGCACCCUCCACGGUGCCAACCACAUCUUUGUGGAAGGGGGUCUAGGGCCCAGGCAGGCUCUGUGGGCAGUGGCCUUUGUCAUAGCACUGGGUGCCUUCCUAUGCCAGGUAGGGGACCGCGUUGCUUAUUACCUCAGCUACCCGCACGUGACGCUGCUGGAUGAAGUGGCCUCCUCCGAGCUGGCCUUCCCCGCUGUCACCUUCUGCAACACCAAUGCUGUGCGCCUGUCCCAGCUCAGCUACCCCGACUUGCUCUACCUGGCCCCUAUGUUGGGGCUAGAUGAAAGUGAUGAUCCCGGGGUACCCCUUGCUCCGCCUGGGCCAGAGGCUUUUUCUGGGGAGCCUUUUAACCUGCACCGUUUCUACAAUCGCUCCUGCCACCGGCUGGAGGACAUGCUUCUCUAUUGUUCCUACUGCGGAGGGCCCUGUGGCCCCCACAACUUCUCUGUGGUCUUCACGCGGUAUGGAAAGUGCUACACAUUCAACUCAGGCCGAGAUGGGCGGCCUCGGCUGAAGACCAUGAAGGGUGGGACAGGCAAUGGGCUGGAGAUCAUGCUGGACAUCCAGCAGGAUGAGUACCUGCCUGUGUGGGGGGAGACUGAUGAGACGUCCUUCGAAGCAGGCAUCAAAGUGCAGAUCCACAGUCAAGAUGAACCUCCUUUUAUCGACCAGCUGGGCUUCGGCGUGGCCCCAGGCUUUCAAACCUUUGUGUCCUGCCAGGAGCAGCGGCUCAUCUACCUGCCCCCGCCCUGGGGCACCUGCAAAGCUGUUACCAUGGACUCGGAUUUCUUCGACUCCUACAGCAUCACCGCCUGCCGCAUCGACUGUGAGACUCGGUACCUGGUGGAGAACUGCAACUGCCGGAUGGUGCACAUGCCAGGGGAUGCCCCAUACUGCACUCCAGAGCAGUACAAAGAGUGUGCAGAUCCUGCCCUGGACUUCCUGGUGGAGAAGGACCAAGAAUACUGUGUGUGUGAAAUGCCUUGCAACCUGACCCGCUAUAGCAAGGAGCUGUCCAUGGUCAAGAUCCCCAGCAAAGCCUCCGCCAAGUACCUGGCCAAGAAGUUCAACAAGUCUGAGCAGUACAUAGGGGAGAACAUUCUGGUGCUGGAUAUUUUCUUCGAAGUCCUCAACUAUGAGACCAUCGAGCAGAAGAAAGCCUAUGAAAUUGCAGGGCUCCUGGGUGAUAUUGGGGGCCAGAUGGGGCUCUUCAUCGGAGCCAGUAUCCUCACUGUGCUGGAGCUCUUUGACUAUGCCUAUGAGGUAAUUAAGCACAAGCUGUGCAGAAGAGGCAAGUGCCAGAAAGAGGCCAAGAGGAGCAGCGCAGACAAAGGCGUGGCCCUCAGCCUGGAUGACGUCAAAAGACAUAACCCCUGUGAGAGCCUCCGGGGCCAUCCGGCCGGGAUGACGUAUGCUGCCAACAUCCUACCUCACCAUCCGGCCCGAGGCACAUUUGAGGACUUUACCUGCUGAGUCCCGCAGGCCACUGUACCAAAGGCCUAGGUGGGGAGGGCGAAGAGAGUACAGGGCCCCCCACAUCUGCCCUGCGGAUUCACCCACACUCCUGGGCAGCCCUUUUCCUCUUGGCUGGGUGAGGAAGGAGUCUUGCCCUUAGAAGACCUCUCCCUGCCUCUAGCUCAUUCUUUUUAUUUUAACAAAAUGAAACUAAUCUGAAAAAGAGGGGGGGGGGGCAAAGGACCUCAGCUGCCCCUCCCUGCUCCAUGCUGCCGCCCCUAGCUUCCAGCCUGAGUUCUGUCCGUCAUCUGAGUGUCCGCCUACAUUCUGCUGCCACCAGUCACCAAAGUCCCCUCCCAGUGAGGGGUAGAGGGGAUCCCUGGGGUCUGGAAUUUGGGCCCCAAACCAGAGAAUGUACCUUGGGGGGGAGGGCUAGUGAGGGGGCUUCCCCAGCCUUAAGAGACCCUCUCAGCCCAGUGACUUCCCCCCACCACCCCUCAAGCCCCUCUCCAGGCAGAAAAAUAAAUCUCCAGUCCCACUCCCUCACACUAUGUGAAGUUUCUGGGGUUGGGAGGGGUCA